GGUACCAGAGUUGUGCUUCCAAGCGACCCCAGAUUUUCCAAACUUAGAAAACAAAAAGUUAAAUUAUUUACUGCGGCUCAAAAAUGGUGGUCAAAAGCGAGUAUCAAAUACGCCGUUGGUGUUGCUAAUACCUCGAAAAAUGGCUUCGGGAAAAUUUUGGGAAACGAUGAAUCUUAUGAUCGGUAAAGAGUACAGACGUACCGGGAAAGAAGUGAUGGAAGAUGUGGAAGACUGGGUGCAAAAAGUGGUGGUUAAGAAGGAAUUGAGUCUUGAAGAAUUGCAAAAUACCGCAAACCAAAAUAAAAAUACAAACACCAAAAUCUGGAAUUGUUCCUUAGAGAGUGAGGACGAGGACAAGGAAGUUGAGGAAUUUAUCAAAUCGAUUGAUUUACCAAAAAUAGAAUGCACAUUCAGUCAUCCUCAUGUGACAUCACGACUGGAAAAGCUAAUGGGCUCCAAUUUGGUUUCCUUAACGGACAGAGAUUAUAUGCAAAAACUUCAGGAGCGCAUUCUGGAAGACUAUGCCGAGUCGAUGGACAAGAGGAUAAAAGUCCGUGAAAACGAAGAAAUGGAGCGGGUGAAAAAUCUGGUCUUGAGUGGAAGAAUUCCUUUACAUGAAGCGCCUGAAAGUAUGGCUGAUCAUCCGAUCAUGAUGAUUGAAAGACAUUGCAAGAAGUUAAUAGCCGCUCGUCGAGCCAAAAUUAAAAUACCUAAAGUGCACAUUCCUACGCACCUUUAUUCCGACGAUACACCUGAUCCACCUUCUGGCCUUUCUAUAGAAAAUGGCCACAUUUUCAGAAAACCAUACGAAAAAUUAUGCAACCCAGUCAGUCGGUUCCUACCUGUUGAAGAAUUCCCAUUCUAUGAUUUUGAUGACUCUGAUGAAGAGGAAGAAGAGGAGGAUGAAGGUGAAGGUGAAAUUGAUACAACAGUGCAGAAAAUAGUUGGAGGAGAAGCUGCUCCUGGUGGCGAAGGUGUAGAGGAGGAAGAAGAAGUUACAGAUGCAUACAUGUUCACACGUGCUGAAUAUGACAGGCUUAAAUAUGAGAGUCCGCUAAUAAAGCAACUACGACGCUGCCAGAUUGUGGAAGAAUUAUAUGCCUUGGCCGACGAAAUAAUUGGUAUUUUGAAGACUCUGGAACCUGAGUCAGCCGCAGUUCGCACCACAAGUGAAGACACACUUUUCUCGGUUACAACAAGCACAGCGACGCAAGAGAAAGGCUCCGACCGACGAAGUUCGCAAGGCUCACAACGUUCACAAGCUGUCUCACACUGAAGAGACUAAAUUAUUUUCUUGUUGUAAGUGUAAACUAUUAAAUGUAGCGUUAUGUAAAAAUAUGGUCGUUCUGUUUUGUAAAAUGUAAUUAAACGUCUGUCUCGA